UGUAGUUUCAAAACAGUAUUUGAAUCAUGCAGAUGUUAAUUUAUUGCAAAAUUUUCAUAAUUUUUGUAACUUCAUUUAAUUGUAUUGAGACAGCCCAGUAUCGUAUUGUUAAUGGUAAAAAUGCCAAUAUAGAGGAUUUUCCAUAUCAACUUUCCCUAAGACGCCAAACUAUACACAUCUGCGGUGCCGCUAUACUUAACGGUCAAUGGGCUAUAACAGCAGCCCAUUGUGUUCAUGGCAUAGAGCAUAUACCGAGUUAUAUAACCUUACGCAUGGGCAGUCGUUGGCGUUCCCGUGAAGGUGUUAUUUUAACCGUUAAACAAAUACACUCUCAUCCCAGUUAUAAUCCAGACAAUAUGAAUUUUGAUGUAUCGUUGAUGCGAGUGCGAGAGAAUGCUUUUGAUCGUUAUGAUUUACCAGUACGAUCGAUUAAACUACCUCAAUUAUCAACCAAGAUAGAAGAUAAUGUAGAAGCAACUGUUUCAGGUUGGGGUUAUCAAAGUUCAGGGGAUCAUUUGUUAUCGUCGGAAUUGAAAUAUGCCACCGUUUAUACGGUUAAUCAACAGAAAUGUCAUGAAAGUUUACGUUCUCAUGGCGGUAUAACAAAUGCCAUGUUUUGUGCUGCUGCCCGUAAUACGGAUGCAUGUCAAGGGGACAGUGGCGGACCCAUUACAAUAAAUGGUAUACUCGUGGGCGUGGUGUCAUGGGGUGUCGGCUGUGCCGACCCAUUUUAUCCUGGAGUUUAUACCCGCUUAGCCUAUGCACCAAUACGUUUCUGGAUCAAGUUAUUAACUAAAUUGUAAUAAAUUUAACGAAAUGUUUGUUUAAAUAUUUAUACAAUUUAUGAAAUACCUAAUACAUUUAUUCCAAAACAA